AUGGCUAUGGCAAGUUUACCAGACUUUGUUCAAACCAACAAGGAAAAGAAAGAACCCGAAACUGAACCAAGAAUAGUCAAGGAUAUUAUUUCAUCACGCCCAGCUCCAGAUCCAGCUGCAGAUAUUGCCAAGGAGAGAGCCAAUACUAAUUGGGACUUGAAGGAAGUUCAUGAGUUUUUGGAAGGUAAUGAGGCUAAAUCAACUGAGAUUUUACGUCUUUACCAAUCAAUUGAACGUGAUCCAGUUUUGCAAACCAGACCAGAACAUUUCGACAUUACUCAAAAAGGAGAAAGAGAAUUGGUUGCUGAAAGAAUCAACAAGAUGGCUAGAUACAUCGAAAUAGAACCAUAUGCCAAGUUUAGAAGAAGAUUGCAAUUGAUGACUGUUAUUGAUCCAUCAAUGGGUAUCAGAAUUUUGGUCAAUUUGGGUUUAUUUUUAAAUUGUAUUAGAGGUAAUGGUACCCAAAAACAAUAUGAUUUCUGGGCCAAGAAGAAGGAAAAUGGUAUCAUUAAGCAAAUGUAUGGUUGUUUUGGUAUGACUGAAUUGGGCCACGGUUCCAACGUUGCUGGUUGUGAAACCACUGCCACUUUUGAUCCAGAAACUGACGAGUUUAUCAUUGAUACCCCACAUAUUGGUGCUACUAAAUGGUGGAUUGGUGGUGCUGCACACUCAGCUACACACACUGUCUGUUACGCCAGAUUGAUCAUCAAGGAUGUUGAUUACGGCGUCAAGACAUUUGUUGUGCCAUUGAGAGACUCUCAACACAACUUGUUACCAGGUAUUGCUGUUGGUGAUAUUGGUGCUAAGAUGGGUAGACAAGGUGUUGAUAAUGGUUGGAUUCAAUUUACUGAAGUUAGAAUCCCAAGAUUCUUUAUGUUGCAAAGAUGGUGUAAAGUGGACCGUAAAGGAAAUGUUACUUUACCACCAUUGGAACAAUUGAGUUAUAUUUCACUUUUGGAAGGUAGAGUUGGUAUGGCUGCUGACUCUUAUAGAAUCGGAGCAAGAUUCACCACAAUUGCUUUGAGAUAUGCUGUUGGUAGAAGACAAUUUGACAAGUCUGGUGGUCCACAGGAAACUCAGUUGAUUGACUACACCUUGCAUCAAAGAAGAUUGUUCCCAUACUUGGCCUUGACCUAUGCCGCCGCUGUUGGUACUGAUAGAUUAGAAGUUGAACAUAAUGAAUUGUUGGAAAACUUGGACAAGGGAUUAAAGACAAACGACAAGUUGUUAUUGAAGAACACGAUUGCUGCUACCAAAUCCAUGUUUGUUGACUCUGGUUCAUUGAAAUCCACUUUGACUUGGGAAGCUUCCAACUUGAUUGAUGAGUGUAGACAAGCAUGCGGUGGCCAUGGUUAUUCUGCAUACAAUGCUUUUGGUAAAACAUACAAUGAUUGGGCUGUUCAAUGUACUUGGGAAGGUGACAACAAUGUCUUGGCUAUGUCUGCUGGUAAGAGUAUCAUCAAGACUGUUCAGCAAAUUUUGAAUGGUAAAAAAGUCAAGAACUCAACCUUGGAGUUCCUUAAUGAUGCUCCGGAAUUAGCUAAAGCUAAAAAGGCUGUCAUCAGGGUCAAGGAACAUGUUGAUGAUCCACAACGUGUUUUGAAGGCAAUUGCAUCUUUGAUCUCAAAGACCUCAAUGGACUUGAUUCCACAAUCUUAUCAAUCGUGGGAUGCUAUUGGUGCUCAAAGAGUCAUUUUGUCCAAAUUGAGAUGCCAUUACUACCUCUUGGAAACUUUUAUUGACAGAUUGGAAAACCAAAUCAAAGCCAACUCACCAGCAAGACCCCACUUGGAAACUACUCUCAAAUUGUAUUAUGUUACCAACAUUUUGGGUCCAUUCAUUGGUGAAUUUUUAAGAUAUGGUGUUAUUUCUCCAAAUGUUGCCAAAUACAUCACCAAUGUUUACCCACAAGGAUUGUGCUGGAAGCUUAGACCAUACAUUAUUGGUUUAACCGAUUCAUUCCAACAACCAGACAACUUUAUCCACUCAUUGAUUGGUAAGUACAAUGGUGAUAUCUACACAAACUAUUUGUCGGCAGUUAAAACGGUCAAUGAUCCACGUAAUACUAAAGCGCCAUACAGUGAAGCCCUUGAAGCUAUGUUGAACAGAGGUACGUUGGAUGAAAGACAAAGAGGUGAAAGAUCAAAGGAAGUUGCAGCUAUAUUAUCCAAGUAA